CACUUUCCAUUUGCCAAUGUUAAUGGCCGUCCAUUCCAUUUUUCGUUUUAUAUCGAUGUCAUACGGUUUUAGAAACCCAGCAUAUAUUAUUACUCAGAAGCGCAUGCUUGGGAGUACUUCUGCUGCUGAUAACUACUGGAAUCUCUUGCAGAAAAAUGAUUCUGGAUCAAGUUUAGAGCGAAAUCUAGGAAAAACUAAUGGAAAAUUGGAUGCUUUGUGUGUCGAAGAUGUUCUGCGGAGGUGCUCCUCUGAUCGAGCAAUACUGGGUCUGAGGUUUUUCAUCUGGGCGGGCCUUCAAUCAUAUUAUAGACAUAGCAGUUUGAUGUAUAACAAAGCUUGUCUAUUAUUUGAGAUUGAUCGUAAGCCACAAUUGCUGAAUGAUGUUUUAGAAGUGUAUAGAAUUUGUGGUUCUUUGGUUACUGUGAAAGUGUUUAAAGUGAUUUUAAAUCUCUCUAGAGAGGCAAAGCUCGCAGAAGAGGCUUUAGGAGUAUUGAGGAAAAUGGGAGAGUUCAAUUGCCGACCUGAUACUUCUUCCUACAAUGUUGUUAUACGGCUCUUCAGUGAGAAGGGUGAUAUGGAUGUAGCAUUGGGACUAAUGAAAGAGAUGGCUUUGAUUGAUCUUUACCCUGACAUGCUAACUUAUAUCGAGAUGAUCAAGGGCUUCUGUAAUGUGGGUAGGUUCGAGGAAGCUUGUGGGCUUUUCAAGGUUAUGCACAGUCAUGGUUGCGUUCCAAGUGUUGUGGCUUGGUCUGCGUUGCUUGAUGGAUUUUGUAGGGCUGGUAAUCUGGAGAGAGCACUGGAGUUAUUGGGGGAGAUGGAGAAAGUGGGUAGUGAUUGUUCACCAAAUACAGUUACAUACACAUCUGUGAUACAGAGUUUUUGUGAGAAGAGGAGGCCGACAGAGGCACUAGGGUUUUUGGAUCGAAUGGUAGCUCAUGGAUGUCGUCCAAAUCGAGUUACAAUUAGUACUUUGAUUAAGGGUCUUUGUGUGGAAGGUUGUAUAGAGGAAGCUUAUAACCUUGUUGAUAAAGUAGUUGUAUAUGGGAGUGUUUCAAGUGCCACAUGCUAUAGUUCUCUUGUAGUUUGCUUGCUGCGGAUCAAAAACAUAGAGGAGGCUGAGAAAGUCUUUAGAAGGAUGUUAAAUAAUGGAGUGCAGCCUGAUGGGUUGGCUUGUAACUGUGUGAUGAAAGAGAUUUGUUUGGAGGGACGGGCCUUGGAUGGAUUUGGUUUGUACUGUGAAAUGGAGAAGAAGUUCAAUUCUCUAGAUUCUGUUGACUCUGAUUUUUACUCAGUUCUUUUAGCUGGACUUUUUCAAGAAAGUCAUCUGGUGCAAGUUGCAGAGGUUGUUAAUGCAAUGAUCAAGAAGGGGUUUCGACUGAAAACUCCUCAUCUUGAUGUUAUGGUUGAAUGCCUGGAGAAAUCUGGUCAAAAGGAACUUGCUGUGCAUCUUGCAACUGUUGGAACAUAGGGGUGGGGGGAAGAACAAGAUUUUUAAGGUUCGCUCUCUCAUUGUCCUUAUACCUGUCUUCCAAACUUGUUCUGUUAUUUUAUAUAACUGUUUCUUUUCUUUUGUAUGUAUAUUAGGUGUUUGUUACCUCUUUG